GAUACUUAUUCAACAAGCCUACAACACUGUAGAGGAGUUGAACGCAGCAAGCCCGACUUUUGAUAAAACUCUAUAAUGUCAAGUGAUAAUAAAAAAUAAAUAUUACCUACUUAUUUUUUAGUGUUUUUCUUCGAGAGUAGUUUAAAAAUAUUUAAUUUCUAGUGUUUGCAUAAGUUACCGGUUGCUCCUGCAUAUUGCUUCAAUAUGGCUUCUCUAAUUGAUAUGAGUUUAGAAGACAUCAUCAAAAACAAAAAAAUGAAUAUAAAAAUGAGAAAAACAACAAAUACAAAGAAGCAGUCUAAUCCAUCAUCUCAACACACUGUAUCUGACGCAAGAAAUAAAAUUAUAUCCAAAACGAGGACGCAAAUUACAGACGCUAGGGAAAAAUUAGCCCAAUUCGGUAAACACAAAGACGCUCGACUCAAAUUGGAGCAAUUGAGACUCCAAAAAACAAACAAAACUCCAAUGGUUGGUAGAAACGUUACUCAGAACCAGGGCAAGUUUGUAAGGCAAAAACUCAAUAGAGAAAGAGUUUUCACAGAUUCGUCAAGGCAGGUUGUUUCCCAUCCUAUUUCAUUAAUGCCAAGGCAACUGGACCCUCAAAGGUUUUUGCAGUACAGAUCUAUUGGAGGACAAUUUAUGGAUACCAUGUCAAAACCUAAACCACUUACAAGAACUGUUGAAAAUGACAUUGAUAUAAUAGAUGAGUCUAUGGAAGAAGAGUACAUUCCGCCAAAACCCAGUUUGAUGAAUCGCAAGGCAAGCCUACAACUUAAAAUAAUAGCCCAUAAUAAUGAUUUGCGAGACAGGAGGAACUCUUUACAUGGGUAUAGAACUGCUGUAAUAGAAAAGGAGAAAAGUCCACCAAGGCCACCAUCUAUUCUUAAAAAACGACCAAUGGCAGCAUUACGGAGUGAAAAGAAAGAUCAAGUCAUGGAAAAGUCACCUAUUGAAUUUCGUAUUAUUGUAAGCAAUUUGAGGAAUACGGUCACAGCUAGUGACAUCCAGGAACUAUUUGGAGACGUUGGAGGAAUGGUAGAAUCACGUUUGGUUAGACCGGGUACAGCUGAAGUCAUUUACAAGAGUCAAGAGGAUGCACAAAGAGCGGUUGAUUUGUAUCACAAUCGGCAUCUAGAUGGACAACCUAUGAACUGCCUUCUUGUAUCUCCACGAUCAUCAACAACACCCAGGACAAGUAGCAAGCCAGCACUUUACAGCACCAACUCUAAUGUUGAGCCUGAUAUAUCGACUUUCCACAAAGUACUAUUCAGCAAUUUAUGAAUUGUGCAGUUCUAUAAUAUGUUCAUGUAUUACAUACAACAAUCACCCAGAACUACGUUAUGUACUCAUUGCAAGUUAAUAUAAAUUUAGUUGUCUUUUUUAAUUCGAAAAUAAUUCAAUUUAUGAUUUCUUUCAGUAUGAAGAUGUUUCUAAUACUUAUGACUUAUUUUAUUUUAUGUUGUUUUGAGGACUGUAUGACUAUUUGUUUUUGUUGUACUAUAUUUGGUGUGUAUAGUUACGCUGCAUGUAAUGGAAACAUAUGUUAAAAAAUACUUACCAUUUGAACUGCUUUAGAAAUAUGAGUUUUUUUAUAAGCAAUAAAUGUUAGCUCUUAAUUAAAGGCGUGAUCGCACCAAGACCUCGUUGCGGAUAUAUACUUACACACGUCGGUUUAAUUAUCUUUCGUGCCAAUUUAGAGUUAAUUUGUCAUAUUCAAUUGUUAAAAUAAAUAUGCUUCUAAUAAGCAUUUUUCUUAUUUAGAAUGUAUUUUAAUCCUGUCACUAAACAGAAUGUACAGAAAAUAGCCAGAUUCGAAUACCAAUUAAUUUCCAGUCAAACAAUAGUAAUUUAUUCCUUAAGUACUGGUUCUUGGUGUAUCGACGCCCUUAGAUUAAUAAGCAUCUAAAAUAAUGGUAGUGUUUGAGUCUUUGUAUUUCUAAUGUGUAUGCUUAAUAGUGUACUUAAACAUUAAAAAAUAAUUCAUAUCGUUUUGAAUUUCAAAUAUAA